UUAGCGGACUCUAGUAAGAAUCUACGGUGGCCUGUGGGAGUUUAUGGUGCUCCUUUUUGCACUUGCUCCUAAUGAAGAUCUAUUCUUAUUGAUAAUUUUUGCUGGUGAUAUGAAAUUCUCUGCUCCUCAGUAAACGCUUGUGCUGAUUAGUCAGCUCUUCCAACAGGAUCUGGGAUCUGGCUGUGUUCUUGCUGUCAUCAACAUAAUCUCCCUCUUUCCUUCUGUGAGAUUAUCAUGGCGAUGAGGCAGGACAGCCUGUGACUAUCCACUGCUCUCAGCAGGACUUUUCUUUGUGUAUAUAUAUAUAUAUUUUUUUUUUUUGGCUUUGAUUUGGUGAGAUACCAGGAGCCAAAAUGCUGAACCAGAGUGCUGUGAUGAUCUUCACUGGGAUUUGUGGGGCAUUGGUGCUGAUGGCAAUGGCCUACUAUGUAUACUGGUCAGUAGUAUUGGCUGAAGGACCGUGUAAACGCGGCUUGUAAAAGGAUCCCACCGUGGUUGGUCGUAGUGUAUAGAGAGGAGCCUACUCUGCUCUCCAGGCUCCUCAGCCAUGGCUCUGCUGGCCUACCUGAAGAGCCUGUUCAUCCUGCAGCUGCUGAUGGGCUUUGUGUUCGUGGUGAGUGGCCUCAUCAUAAACUUCAUUCAGCUCUGCACCUGCAUCCUCUGGCCGAUCAACAAGCAGCUCUAUCGCAGAAUCAACUGCCGGCUCUCUUACUCCCUCUGGAGUCAGCUGGUAAUGCUGCUGGAGUGGUGGUCGGGCACAGAAUGCACCCUAUACACCGACCAAGCUACGGUGGACAAGUUUGGUACAGAGCAUGUCAUCACCAUCCUCAACCACAACUAUGAGAUCGACUUCCUGUGUGGCUGGACCAUGUGUGAAAGAUUCGGCGUCCUAGGGAGUUCAAAAGUGCUAGCCAAACACGAGCUACUGAAGGUCCCUCUGAUCGGGUGGACCUGGUACUUCCUAGAAAUAGUCUUCUGUAAAAGAAAGUGGGAGGAGGAUCGAAAGACUGUCUUCAAAGGACUGAGCAGGCUCAAAGACUACCCUGAAUAUAUGUGGUUUCUGCUGUACUGCGAGGGCACCCGCUUUACAGAGACGAAGCACCAAAUCAGUAUGCAGGUUGCAGAGAGUAAAGGCCUGCCCAAGCUCAAAUACCACCUACUACCCCGAACCAAAGGAUUCACCACCACACUGCAGUGUCUUAAGGGCACAGUAACUGCUGUGUAUGAUGUGACUCUCAACUUCAAGGACAACCAAACUCCCACUCUCCUGGGCAUUGUCAAUGGCAAGAAAUACAGAGCUGACAUGAGCGUAAGGCGUUUCCCUGUGGAGGAUAUACCAGAUGACGAGAAGGAGUGUGCCAUCUGGCUGCACAAGCUCUACCAGGAGAAGGAUGCAUUACAGGAACUCUAUAAGAAGGAAGGCAAGUUCCCCGGACCCACAAUAGUACCUCGUCGCAGGCCAUGGACGCUGCUGAACUUCCUGUUUUGGGCCACCCUGCUGCUUUCGCCCCUAAUCAACUUUGCUUGUGGAGUGGCUGUCAGUGGCUCCCCCCUCCUCAUCAUUGGCUUUAUCAUCUUCCUCAUCAUAGCCUCCAUAGCUAUCCGCCGCCUCAUAGGGGUCACCGAGGUGAAGAAAACAGGCUCCAGUUACGGCAACCAGGAGGCCAAGAAACAAAACUAAAGUGUGUCACCCCCCCUCCGUGUACGCCCGUUUCUGUACGGUCGCCCUGCGGUGUCUCACCACUACCCAACUCCAUUCUCCUCCUACUGUUGAGUCAGUUGGCAGGUCGGGGAGGAGACCCAGCUGUGAAAACAUAAUAGAGACCAGAGUUAGAACUACUAAUGGCACUAGAGUGAGAGAGAGAGAACAUGGAAGGUCUGAGGUUCAAGUUCUCUGGUGUAACACAGAACAUAAGGAGGGGGAGAUGCAGUACUGUAUUCCCCUGCAUCUUUCUUAAUCCAGCUAGCGACCCACUGUCCACCUCCAAGUCCCAUUAAAUCCCGGUAAAACCCAAGGUUAAGCUCCUAACCUGUCUGAGGUCACAUGGACAGCCAGUCAGCCCAUUUCCUGCUCUGCGCUACCUACCUCCACUUCCUGCCAGAGUCAUCAGCCAGUCAGAACACAAGCCGAUCCGUACCUGAUCUUUUAAAUCUUAGCCAUCCAGGGGCAGUGCGUUUCUGCAACAGCAAUCUGUAACAUGCAGGACAUCUCCCUCCCUUGUUUUCACUAAGUGGGACUUGUAAUAGGAACCGGUGCCUUGAGGCCCAGCCUAGUUUCCUUAAUCUUAAAGGGUUGGUUCACCUAAAUCACAAAGCGUUUACCAUUUUAACUUGUGGGUAUGUGGCCAGGUGGAUAGUGUGGGGUUUUAUGUGCCCAGGGUUUGAGAUAGCCUGCACUGACACUUCUGCUGCCGCUCCAACACAAUGUAGGUGAAUGAAGUGUGGUUCAUGGUGCUCAAAUCACAGCAGAACUACAUGUGAAAAGCUCAACAGAAAUGUGUUCUGUCCCUUAGGACAAUUUUCAUCUGCUGUAUAUGUCGAAUGUGAAAAAUAGGAGCAGUAUCAUUGGAUUAUCCAAGUAUUAGGCGCAUUGUUUCCAGAAAGAAACGUUGCUCUUGAGCUUUUCAAAUGUAAUAUUAAAUCAUUUGAGCACCACCAGUGACAUUCAGUUCACCUCCAUUGUAUCAGGUUAGCAGCAGUAGUCUCAGGGCAGACACCUCAAAAUACAAAUCCCACACCAUCUCCAGGGCUCGAUAACGCAAGGGUUAAGUGGGAAAAUCUUUUGUUGUUGUUGUUGUUGUUGUUGUUUUUUUCAAUCUCAUGAUCUUGGCGAACUGACCCCUUAACAUCUUGGCUCAGAAAAGGCUGGUGUCUGCUAAACUACAGCAAGGGCUCUGAAUGUGAAAACCGUCCUCAUCAAGGACACCUACCAUCUGUUACAGGUCUCAUUUGUAGCCCGCAGCACCAACACCCACGGAUUCAUCCCGACACAUUUUAAAUGAUUUUUUCCAGUUUUUAUUCCUGUUUUCAUGUGCUUUACACAAAUAGGAAUUUGCAUACAUAUUACUGUUCAUUUUUAAAACACAAUCACUCUCUUACCCGCUAAAUGUGAUGUUAAUUCAACCAGCAAUCUUAGUCCAAACACUGAAGCUGUUCGACUUACCAUCCGCCCCCCCCUCCUCUGAUGCCAGUGUUGACAGUCUAAACGCCGUGCACACUGCUCUAUUCUGCUUCUGCUGUUGAGUUUCAGUGGAACCAGAUUCCAGAAAAAGGUCACCAACUGUCUCCACGUAGCCUCACAGCUGUUAGCAUAUAAUUUCUGUGUCCAGAUAUAGACUGUAGUAGUGAUGUUUUAACCUUUGCCUUAAAUCAAGCUUGCUCAGGCAAGGGAUUGCUUAUUCGCCACCCCUUUAAAACAGCACCCACCUCUUACCUCUGCGUUAUGUUUGAAUAUUCAUCCUCUUCCUUCCAUUAAAGUGCAUGAGGGAGCAGUGUGCAUUCAUUUGGUUAGAUUACCAAAGCGAAUGAGUAAUUAAAACAACAUUUUGAAUCUUUAAAGUGGAAAGCUUGAAAGUUGUUGGUUUGUUAAAGGCGUCCUCGUACCUGUACAUAGUCGUUAGUUAAAGGAAGCUGCUUACACAGUGUCCUGGCAGCUUCGUUUCUCUGCAAGUCCUAGCCAUUGUCGGUGCAGGGCUCCCUACAUUUUACCAUUUUAGAAUCAGUCAUCCCACAGCUGGUUGUUUUUAACUGCAACAAAUGAAACGUUAGCUGCUGCAGUAUGUGAGUGAAUCUCUUCCAGUGUCACAAGCCACAUGUUCUGGUCCAAAAUGCAAACAACGGUAGCAAGACAUGGAGGGGAUUUUUCGUGUCAUGCUCUCUCCUCCCCUCCCCCCACCGCUCCCGUGCCACAUGUAGUGUUAAUCAUUUGUUGGUUUUAAUUUAUCACUCCUCAGCAGCAGCAUGUUGUGUACUUCCUCUCUCUGUAGAGUUCUCUCCACCCAGACAGAUUUCAUGCAAGCCUUAAUAGACAGUGCUGCUUAAUUUUUGUGUGAAAAUGUAGAAGCUAACUGAGCCCCUGUGGUAGUGAAGGUUGAUUCAAACAUGUUCUCCAGUGUCGUAAAGCAAGCUGCUGGGAUUAGUUGCCAGGCGGCUUUGUUCUAAAGUUUUAACAUUAAGAAUUAAAACGAAAUGUUUGCUCUUAUGCACAAAGAGCUCUGUUUGUAAUUAAUUCUCAUUGUUACAAGAAGAUACUUUGAAUGGCUUUACCUUUAAAUAUUUGGUUAAAGCUUCAUUAUCUUGGCCUGUUAUCUUUUUCCUCAAGAGAGCUGAUCAGAUACAAAUGCAGUCCAGCUCAUCCUGUCAUUCAGUAAAAAUCAUAGCCCAAAGCAGAAAGGAUGCUGAGAAGUUCAGAUAGGUAUUUGGAAGAACUUUUUACACUGGAUGUUUUUUUAUUCAGUAAAGAAAUAGUACUGUAACUUGUGGUUGUUGUUUUUUUCUGAAGUCUCCAAUGGAAUCAAAUAACUUUACAAACUGACACCACGUAAUUAAGUUUUUUAAAAAUCAAAGAUAAUUGAGUUAGUGGCACCUCUUGAGUCAGCCUUUGUUUUGUUUUCUAAGGCUAUUUUUAAGGUUUCUUCGAUUAAAACACUUGAGAAUAUUAAAGGAUUUAAUCACAAAGCAACUCUUACUCCUUUGACUUAUUUGGAUUUGUGUGACUCUUUCUAUUUGCACAGCAGCUCAGGUAAAAAGAUGUGCGUGAUUCCAGGGGCGAGGGCUGCUGAAUCCACCAUUGAAACAUUUCCGCCCUCCAUCUUCUCUCAUCCAUCGACACAGCCAUCGUCCGUUCAUCAUCACACAUCCACACUUUUACUUUAAGAUACAGUAUUAAGCCACACAGGUGUGACAGUAUGUCGAGACUGUGUAAACUGAAAAUAUGUACAUAAGGUAAAUGAUGAAUGUCACAUUCACUUCUAGAAAUUGUAGAGAUGUACGUAGCGGUUCUUUUGCAGUAGACCUUCUGAAUGACACGUUACCCAACUGUCCAUCUAACACCCUGAGGACAUUUUGGAUAUACUGUCACAAGAUGUGUGACAUGAUGUUGAGAGACUGUAUAAAUAUGUACAUAAUGUAAAUGAUGAGUAUGAUGUUCACUUUUAGAAAUGGCAGAGAUGCUCUUCUGUUAUUUUGCAAUAGUUCUUUUGAAUGAUUGGCCAUGCGUUCAGGCUACAACCAAAUGUAACACUGACGGAAAUGCUACAGCACAAGAGGAUUUAAACUGAGCUGGCCUCCAGGGUGCAGGUUACGAAAUGAUCUGCAAAGGUUAUACCUGACACGAGCUCGCCUUUUCAGGUUCGGAGCUGUGAAUACCUUCAGCGAUGCCUCUCUUCUCAUUAAAGCCACAGACAGAAGGCUGUAGUCACAGAUGAUGCUUACAAGAUUUGUAAAACUUUGUAAUUAAUCAUGGUUUCUUACUGUAGUCAAUUACUUUUUGCAUGAUGUGCACUUCUGCACAGUCGCUGAAUCGAGUUAAUUCUGACUCAGGGACUCUUUUACAGACUGGCAAUGCAACAGCUGUGGCAUUAACUCUGGAUUUGAACCUGAAUAAAAAGGCUUUCUGAGGAAGC